CUUACAGAGAAAAGAAAGGACUGGGCUCAAGUAGACCGGACAUGACGUUUCACAGUGAUAAACAUAAUUAUUAGUCGUUAAACAUUCCCUAACACAACAGUGUCCAACAUGUCAUUCUACAAGUGCAUUUUGAGUUUAAAACAACAGUGGAAAAAGAAAUGUUCACAGAUUGAGUCAGAGUGCAAAGAGAGAAAAAAUGAGAAGCAUUUUUAUUUAUCUCUUCCAUCUCUGCUGUAUUUUUUUCCCCACACUGCAAAGUGUGAUCAUGCAUGUCAAUGCGCAAAAGAGGAACAAGGCUAGCUUUUGGUUUCUUAAUUCUUCCAUCUUUAGACCCUGACAUCGAUGAGAGGCAUCAAUGUCAUAUACUGUAAGUCGCAAAUACAGAAUGAGCUGGACUGCACAGAAGGACAUUGUCAUACUUGUCAUCUCGCUCUUUGGCUUUCAAGUGUCCCAGUGUUGGGAGCCGCGUGAAUGGGGAGGGACAUUCACUCAAGAGACCAUCUGCGGUCUGACAGGAACCACAGUGACCCUCACCUGCUCCAUCCGGUACCCACAAAGGCAUGAUGGCCAAAUCAUCAAGGUCAUAAAGGGACUGUGGUACACCAAAGUUUCCAACAAACAACCUCAAGAUCUGACGAUGGACCCUCAGUACUCUGGUCGUCUAGACCAAAAUUGUCAAGGCAACUUUUGCACUUUGUCAAUCAAAAAACUGAGAGAGAGCGACCAGGGAACCUACAAAUUGAGAUUCAUAACUAACGUGGAUGGUGGAGUGUACACUGUCAAAACCGGAGUCACUCUGGAUGUCACUGCUGCGCGGGUGCAGGUGAUCAAGGCUGAAGAGAUAUAUUCUUACACGUUCGCUUCACUGUCAUGUCACACGAGCUGCAGUCCUGCAGCUUCUUUGUCUUGGUGCUGGAAGCGAAAACCACAAAAUGAUGACUGUUUAACUGACCAUUGGACAAAAGAAUCGGAAGUAUAUUUACGUCCAGGACAAUACAUCACCUGUGCUGUUGAAGGAUAUCCAUUAAGUGUGUCUCCUCCACUGUAUGCUCUGGAAGCCCCCAGGGUGUUAAGUACAAAAGAUGAGAUCAUGGAGGGGGAUUCACUGACUCUUACCUGCAGAGCUGACACCCCAACAUCAUCAGGACACCGCUGGUGCAAGAAGACUGGAACUUCAGAAUGGGAGGUCAUGAGUUAUGGAGAAUAUCUGUUCUUCAGCUCCAUCCAGUCUUCAGAUUUAGCUGUGUAUUGUUGUGUCGUGGAGAAUGAUCUGGGGCAGAAGAUGUCGCAACCUUUCGUAAUUGAUGUAAAAUAUGCUCCAAAGUACCCUUAUUUGCGGGUGGAUCCAUUAAACGUCAUUGCGGAGGGAAAUCAAGUGAAACUUACCUGCAGCAGUGACGCUAACCCAGCUGCUAGCUUCACCUGGUACAAGGGCCAAACUAGGAUCAGGUCUUCAGGAAGAAAUUACGUUUUCAACUCCAUACGCCCCGAAGAUUCUGGGAGCUUCUACUGCAAAGCCCACAAUAAACAUGGAGACGUCACCUCUGACCCGGUGUUCAUAGACGUUCAAUAUGUUCCUCGCCUUCCAAGCAUCUCAGCAAUACCCUCCUCCAACGUCAGAAUGGGUUCUUCGGUCAGUCUGACAUGUAGCAGUGAUGCUAACCCUGCCGCUAGCUACUUUUGGUUCAAGGACAACGAGGAGUUUCCUAAUUCUACGGGGGCCAUGUUAAACAUCAUCAACUUCCAACUACACAACGAAGGCGAAUAUCACUGUGAGGCCCGGAACUUCAGGGGAAGCCAGAGGGCCAAAGUCCUGGUUCAAGCAGAGAAUUUUAGGUCAUGGUCACAGGGUGCUCUCACAGCGGUGGUUGUGCGUUGCGCCACAGUUGGCAUCGUGCUCAUCCUGCUUUCAGUCACUGUCCUGCUGUUCUGGAAAAAGACUACGUCGAAAGGGAGGAUGCACUUAUUUCAGCCAAACACAAGUGAAGACAGCAGCAGGGAUCAACUGGAGGAGCUGGUGGCAUUCUCCGAUCCCUCUCCAAUCCACGCCAAUGUCACCAAUGACAAAACGGACCAGGAUGAGAAUGAAUACGAAAGUGUGGUGGACACAGUCAUCAAAUGUGGUGGCGAAGCCUCAGGAUGAGUUCUGCAUCUUUUUUUUCCACCUCUUUAUCAACAUCAUUUAAAUGACUCUUAUUUGCCCAGAGCGGGGGUCAUCAACCCAUGUUUUUAGAGCCGCAUGCGGCUAUUUAGCACUGCCCUAGUGGCUCCCUGGAGCAUUUUCAAAAAUGUUUGAAAAUUGACAAAGAUGGCUGAGGGAAAAAUAUUUUUCUGUUUUGAUAUGGUUUCUGUAGGAGGUCAAAAACGACCCAAACAUUCUUAACAUUUUCCAAUGCUGUAAAAAUAUGGUAAAAUAAUUUUCACUGUAUGUACUAAAAUUCUAUUUUUGUUUUUCCUUUUAAAUCAUUUUAAGGCAAAAUGGUUCUAAAAUGGCAUUAUGUCUGUUAAGUUUCGGCUUUUUCUUUGCUGGACGUUUUUUACUUUUUUUUUUUUUUGUACUCAAAUGCAAUUACAGUAAAUGCAUUUUUACGGCGCUACCUAUAUGAAUAUGUGUGUAUUACUUGAUCCAGCCUUCUACAAAAUUCUUUUCAAACAAGAUGUAUCUUUUUGGGACAUAAUUUUUUAUGAUUAUAUGUGAUUAAAUACAUAAACCAUAAUGAAGUCUCAAAUUACGUUGCUUUAUCUACCCCAUUUGCCCCCAGGUUUUUCCACAAACAUUUAACCAUGCAAAAAUGUGUGAUUGGUAGCCUGUUUAAGUACUCAAUAAUAAAAAUGAU